GAAGGUAAUUAAUCUCUACGCUUCUCUCUCCGCAAUUACUCCUUGAGAGCAUCUCUCUCUAAAAGAUAGAGUAUUGCUGACUUGAGCGUUGGAGUGUUUUCCCCGAGGAAACAUCCUCGGGAUUUUCAGGUGUAGAAGCAGCUGAAGACUUCAAUAGUGUUGGAUUGUGAAGCUGCCGAAACAUUGGCGCCGUCUGUGGGAAACUCGAACAAGAAGUUGUGUGACUUAACCUGCUGAAAGACAAAAUGGUCCGUACCUUUACAGGAGGUCGCCCUCCAAGAAAUGAAAUGAACGAACAGGAGGACACUCAUGUAUCUGGACCUGGCUUGAAUGACUUUAGGUCAAUGCCAAGAAAUCUUUUUGUAGGAGGAGCCGAACAGGAUCACCUGAGUGAGACAGAUGAUGAAAGAACACCAACUGGGUAUGCAACCCAGCCUGAACAAUUCCAAGUUCCAACAGGAACAAGACAAAGAUCUGCUAGACCGUACAAUUCACGGCAUGAGCGACCUGAAAGGUCGACAGAACCUGCUCGGACAACCGAGCUCGAAGAAAGAACCAGAGUUCUCAAAAUGGCAAUGGGUAAAAUACUUGCCCAUUUAAUUCCGGAUGACCCCUUGAUUCCUUUGCUAAACAGAGAUGCACAACCGGCUGCGGUUGUUGCAACUCGAAACUCCCCCGCUCUCAGCAACAUAGUAGUGCCGACCAGGCCAAGGGGAAGCGGGAAGCUGAAUAUCGAGCCCAGCUCGUCCAAACAUAGUGAAGAACUUAUGAGAAAAAAUGCAGACCUUGAAAGACAACUGCGGGAAGUGCAAAAGUCUAUUGACGAGCUGAAAAGUCCCAGGUCGCAUCAACAGAUUCUGGAUUUGGAUAGUGCACCACUAAACUUAUCCAUUACGGCAGAGCCGUAUCAAGAGGGAUUCAAAAUUCCCCACCUGGAGACAUAUGAUGGCUCGGGUGACCCUGAUGAACAUCUACACACCUAUCAAGCCAUCAUGAGAAUUCAAAAUGCCAAUGAUGCCAUGAUGUGCAAAGUGUUCCCGGCAACACUGAAAUCAACGGCCAGGAGAUGGUAUCACAAACUCCCCAGACAUUCAAUAGAUUCAUUUUCCCAACUCGCCAAGCUAUUUUCUAACAAAUUUGCAAGUCAAAGGGAAAUCAAGCGCACAGCAACCGAGCUGAUGCAAGUUAACCAGAAGGAAGGGGAGUCCUUGAGGGAUUACAUGCAGCGGUUCAACAAAGCCAUCUUGGACAUUGAUAAUGUCCCAGAUACAAUCUGCCUGUUCGCCCUGUUGCAUGGGUUGAAACGUGGCCGGUUCCUAGACGACCUGCUUGAAAACCCACCGAAGACGUGGAACGAGGUGAAUGACAGGUCAGCUAGCUUCAUACUGUCAGAGGACUUUCAGUCGUCCAAGCGACGAGCUGAUGAUAAGCCGAGCAAAGGUCAGGAACAACAACCGAGAAGAGAAGAGAAGAAGAAGCAGAAGGUCAAUGAGCAAUGGGGGAAACCAGCGGAGUUCCCGAAAUAUGCCAAUUACAUUCCUUUGACCUUACCCAGGUCUCAAAUCUUGGCACAAAUCCAGCACUGGGUUAGGAGACCCCCACCCCCAUUGCAUGAUUCCCCGAGGGCAGACAAGAGCAAGCAUUGUGAUUACCACCGUGUAUAUGGUCACAAUACAGAGGAUUGUCAACACUUGAAGGACGAGUUGGAGUUUUUAGCUCGUAACGGGAAGUUAGAAGGGUAUGUUCAGAAGCCUCACACCCAGCAACCCACUCAAACCCAUUUCGUGCAGGCAUACGACCGACCUCAAGGGCAGAGGUAUCAGCACGGAGGGACGCAGGAUGUAUAUCAGGAUAACCAGUAUCCUUUUGAGCAGGGCAGAGCAUACCGAGGACGUUCGUUCAACAGGCGAGGACAAGGACCGAGAACUACCGCCCCGAAUCAAAAAGACAGAAAAGGGGUAGGUUACGCGGGGAUACCCCCACCCUCUGGAACCAUAAAUAUGAUAUCAGGUGGUGUUCACUCUGGGGGUCAAAGCGCCCGAGCUCGCAAGGCAUACGCCCGACAGGUGAUGACUGUCAACAAAAAUAGACCCUUGAAGCGGCCAUUUGAGGAAGCAGAAUGGGAAAAUACACCUAUCACAUUCAGCCCGGCAGAUUACAAGCGAGCAGAAGCAGAGCCUGACAUUAUGAUGCCUCAUGCCGAUCCCUUUGUGGCGACAGUUCAUAUAGGCAAUCAUAAUGUCAAUAAGGUGUUUAUUGACACUGGCAGUUCGCCAGAUAUCUUGUACUGGGGUUGCUUUCAGAAGAUGCAGCUAAAUCCGAGCUCGAUGCAGAAGCACGAAAGGCCAAUAUACGGGUUUGAUAACCAGCCCGUCCCGGUCGAGGGAGUUAUCACUCUUCCUAUAUAUGUGGGCUCAGAACCACGCUUCAGGAUGGCUUCCGUCACCUUCCUGAUCGUUAAGAUGGAAUCAGCUUUCAAUGCUAUAUUAGGAAGAGCCAUUAUGUGCGAGCUGAAGGCUGUCAUCUCGCAACCCCAUCUCUGCAUGAAAUUCCCAACUCCUCAAGGGGUAGGAGUGCUGAAGGGGAAUCAAAAGAUGGCUAGAGCCUGUUAUCAAGACACAUUCAAGAAGGUCGAGCUUGCCGCGGCCCUAACAUGCGCUGAAGGCCGCAAGCCAGCCGAGCUCGCUCAGCAAACAAUGAGCAUUUCAGACAUUGAACACCGACCUGAGGGUGUCGAGCAUAAAGCAGAACCAGUGGAGCCGGUAGAAACGGUCCCUCUGAACCCUGCUGUGCCAGAGAGAACGGUCAAGAUUGGCACCAAACUCACAGAGGAGGAACGGGCAGAGCUUCUGGAGUUUUUGAGGGACAAUCAAGACGUGUUUGCGUGGACUACGGACGAAAUGCCGGGCAUCCCCGCAAAGUUGAAAGUCCACAAGCUAAGCACGGACCCCACUAAAAGGCCAGUGGUGCAAAAACGUCGCCUUUUUGGCCCCGAGAAACAAGCUGCAGUUGACGAAGAGAUACAAAAGCUGCUACAGGCAGGUUUCAUCAGAAGAGUAGAGUACUCUGAGUGGGUAUCUAACCCCGUGCUCGUUAAAAAGCCAAAUGGCAAGUGGAGGAUGUGUAUUGAUUUCACCAACCUCAAUGACGCAUGUCCAAAAGACCCUCAUCCGUUACCAAAUGUCGAGAAGUUGGUAGAACGGGCAGCUGGGCACGAACGGAUGAGUUUUCUAGACUCCAGCUCAGGUUACCACCAGGUCCAGCUGUUGUUAGAUAACCAAGAAAAAACAGCUUUUUACGUUGGUGACGCAAUAUACUACUAUGUCAUGAUGCCGUUUGGCCUCAAAAAUGCUGGAGCAACAUACCAGAAGCUGGUGCAAAUCAUCUUUAAGCUCCAGAUCGGCAAAAACAUAGAAGUGUAUGUAGAUGACAUGAUAGUCACCAGCGUGCGAGCUGAGGAUCACAUUGACGACCUAGAUGAAACUUUUCAAAACUUGCGUCGAGCCCAAAUGAAGCUGAAUCCCUUGAAAUGCACGUUUGCUGUAGAAUCAAAGAAAUUCCUAGGGUACGUGGUAUCCAAGAAAGGAAUCGAAGUAAAUCCAGAGAAGGUCCAGGCCGUUCAGCAGAUGGAGCCUCCCAAGACUGUAAAAGAUGUACAGCGUCUGACGAGUCGGGUAGCUGCGUUGCACAGGUUUAUAGCCAGAUCGGCAGAAAGGUGCCUUCCAUUCUUCAAAGCUCUGCGGGAGCCUAAAAACUUUCAGUGGACUGAAGAAGCGGUGAGUUCAGUGCUGCUGAGGGAAGAGAAUAAGAGUCAGAAGCCUGUCUGUUAUGUGAGCAAGGUGUUACAAGGUGCCGAGCAGAAUUACCCACUAGCAGAGAAGGCUGCUUUUGCCUUAGUUUACACGGCUCGUAAGUUGAGAGCUUACUUCCAAUCACAUCAGAUUGUUGUCUAUACCGAUCUGCCGUUGAGAAAAAUACUGCAGAAACCUGAACUCUCUGGUCGGAUUAUUGGAUGGAGCGUCGAGCUGAGUGAAUAUGACCUGAAAUUUCGGCCGCGCACAACCAUAAAGGGCCAGGCCGUUGCGGACUUUCUGGUGGAGUGCACCUCAAUAGCUAACGAAGAAAAAGCACCCAAACACCCAGUCUGGGUUUUGUAUGUUGAUGGAGCAGCUAACACGGAAGGGUCGGGUGCUGGGGCUGUCUUACUGGGCCCAGAUGGCUUUAAAUCUGAGCACGCGCUGAGGUUUAAGUUUCAGACGACCAAUAACGCUGCAGAGUAUGAAGCCCUCAUUUAUGGACUAAAGCUGACGUCAGAGUUGAAAGUACAAAGCAUUCAGGUUUUCAGCGACUCGAAACUCGUAGUGGGCCAGGUGAAUGGCAGCUGCGACAUCAGAGAUCCCCAGCUCAGUCGUUAUGCCUCUGUGGUCAACAGAUUGAAAUCGAUAUUUGCCCUUUUCCAAAUUGAUAAAAUACCAAGAGCAGACAACCACCGAGCUGACGAGCUGUCAAAGUUGGCCUCAUCGCAGGACAUUAACCCUCAGAGAUCAACAAUUGUCGAGGUACUCGACGCACCGAGCUACACUGAUUUCACAGUCGAGUGUCAACUGCUAAGUACAGAUUCCUCUACACCGAGCUGGACCACCCCGCUCAUAAAUUAUCUACAAAGUGGCGAGCUACCUGAAGACCAGUCCGCUGCAAAAGUGAUUAAACGCAGGGCGGCACAUUUCACUGUGUUGGAUAACCAGCUCUACAAGCGAGCAGCCUCAAUGCCCCUAUUACGCUGCCUUACUCCUUAUGAAGCUGAAUACGCCGUAAGAGAAGUUCACGAGGGAGUAUGUGGCACGCACAUCGGUGGCAAAACUUUAGCUCGGAAACUCCUAAGGCAUGGGUAUUACUGGCCCACUAUGGUCGAGGACGCGCAGAGCUAUGGGGAAAUGCUAUCAUCUCUCACGUCUCCCAGGCCCUUUGCUCAAUGGGGUGUCGACCUGCUCGGCCCUUUUAUCAAAGGCAAAGGAGGCUGCACUUUUCUGGUCGUCGCAGUGGAUUACUUCACUAAGUGGAUAGAAGCUAAACCGCUGUCCACGACAACAGAAAGAAAAAUAGAAGAAUUCUUGUUCAAUUCAAUAUUGUGCAGGUUCGGCAUACCUAAGCGGAUUAUCGCCGACAAUGGGCCACAAUUCCGAGCAGCUGCACUGAGAUCGUUUUGUAACGACUACGACAUUGAGCUCGCCUUGACAUCUGUGUACACUCCACAGUCCAAUGGGCAAGCCGAGUCCGCCAAUAAAAUCAUCUUGCGGGGACUCAAAACUCGUGUUUUGGCUGCACAUACUAAUUGGGUUGACGAGCUCAAUAAAGUGCUGUGGUCAUGUCGUACUACACCCAGCUCGGCCACAGGCGAAACCCCGUUCAGUCUGGCCUAUGAAGUUGAGGCUGUUAUCCCCGUCGAGGUCGGAUUGCCAUCCGAUAGAUCAGAUCGUCAUGACGAUCGGAAUAAUGAACAGCUCUUGAGAGAAAACCUAGACCUUGUGGAAGAAAUCAGGGAGAUGUCCCGAAUAAGAAACAUCGCACAUCAAAAUCAUGUUGCAAAAUUUUACAAUAAAAGAGUUCGAGCUCGCCAGUUUCAAGUCGGCGAUCUGGUCCUACGUAAAGCUGGGCUAACUAACACCCAUUCAUACAUGGGCAAGCUCGCUCCUAAUUGGGAAGGCCCCUAUAUGGUUGUUCAAGUUAAACGACCUGGCUCUUAUGUAUUAGCAGAUAUACAGGGACGUCAUUUGCCUUACAUUUGGAACGUACAGAAUCUAAGAAAAUUUUAUAGUUAAACUGUAUACUACUCUUUUAUUCAAGUUGUUAUUCGACAGUUGUAAACAAUGAUAUACUGAAAAUACAACAGAAAUUCAGAG